AUGUUGGGGGAAGAUAUGAAAGAAUCAUCGAUUCCAGGGCUUUCUCUUAUCACCCCUAUUAAAGAGCGUAUACAAGUCAAUGGGAUUACAAAUGAUGAAGUCAAAAGCCAUUUGCAUAAAUACAAACUUCAUAUACAAAUUCUUCCACCAUCUACUAACACCUCAUCUGCAAAUCAAUUUGGUGUCGUUUUGGAAGGAUUAUGGAUGCGUUCCCAUGAUUCAUAUGUUGAAUCCUCAAAUAAUGGAAUCUCUAAUUUAUGUUCACCCAAUACCCACGUCUUAUCGGCACCACCACCAUCACCAUCAUCGGUGACAACAGUGAUGACAAAGAUCGGAAAACUACUGUUGAAAAGGUCAUCAUUAUUUGAGUUUUUUUGGGAAAAUAAAUAUAGGUGA